AUGGAGAAAAACGAAAAGAGAUCAAGUUCAGAGUCCAUUGAAACAAUUCAGAUAUUACAAACAAAGAGAAAUAUUGACCAUAAGCUAACAUUUUCAGGAACUGACAAUGAACUAUUAGAAUACUUCUCAGGAUUUGUAUUGAACUUACGAUGUUUCAUAUACAAACAAACGACAUUUCAACGACAAAUAAAAGAAGUGCCCCUCUACGGGACCUCUCCUCCCCCUAUAUCUGCUACGAACUUCUUCAAAAGGGAGGAGUGUUUCAAGGCCUGCCACUUCAGUUCUGAGUGUCAGUCAGUGCGAUUUGUCGGCGAUGUCUGCCAGCUUUACGAUUCCACAGAUCUUGGACCAAAUGGAGAUGACAUCUUUGUUGUCACUGAAAACAUAUCUUACUCAGAAGUCAGAGAUUUAUCAACCUCCAGAUGCACACAAAAUAACUACAUUUACGACAGUACUUACUCUAUAUGUUACAAACCAGACACGAGGUUAGCCAAUAACACAUACGCCCAUCAGCUGUGUAGUGAGUCCGGAGGUAGACUCAUGAUGGUGGACUCACAAGAAAAACAAAACCUUAUAGAAAGCAUUACAUUUCCCACAGGGCCUGGUGUAAGUAAUUUCCGCAUUGACGCAUUGAGCUCUGGAGGGAUAUGGAGAUUUUCAGAUGGGAGGGUGAUCAGCUCCUUCUACUGGGGUACCGGGCAACCAGACAGGAAUUAUCCCACGAUCUGCAUCGAUAUGAACACACACAAAUGGAACGAUGUUCAUGCAAACUACAACCAUGCUAUAUUGUGUGAAAAAGACUUAUAGGCAGGAACACAGAUACUGUUACUGGCUCAUGGAAAUUAUAGUAUUAUAACAAUCUACUUUUGAUGAAAAAA